UCUCCUCUCUCCUCUCUCUUCUUCUUCUUCUUCUUCGCCCCCACCAAAAUCUCCUCUGCUUUGUUAACAAGCGAAACCAGAAAUAGAAACAACAACCAGAGAGAGAGAGAGAGAGAGAGAUGAGCGAGAGAAAGCGAGAGCUUGAAGAAGAAGAAGAAGAAGAAGAAGAAGAAGAAGCUUCAAGCACAAGCGUAUCACUAUCUCACAAGAAAACAAAGCUCGAUGACGAUUCUGAUCCAUCAUCGGAAUCGGAUUCUCAUGACGUCGUCGCCGCUGUUUCUUCGUAUUCUUCUCAUUCCGUUGCUUCUUCGGAAGCUCUAGCUUCAGAUGAAUGCUCUGAUACAUCCACCGGAGAAGCUAAUGAUCAGAGGAGUCAGAGCUCAUCAUCGAGUAUCAUCAUCAGCUCCGGUUGUUGUUGUUGUUUCAGCAAAGAAAUCGCGAUGAACCGUUCCACGUUUGUUACAGAUCUGGAGUUUCAAGCUGAUCAAAUCUCCGAAAAGGAAACCAAAAGCUCAACAUUAAUCACUACAAGUUGUAAUUUCAGAAAAGAGAAAAGUCCAGUGAGCGAGGGUUUGGGAGAAACAACAACAGAGAUGGAAUCGGAGGUGAAAGGUGAACGGAGAAAACAACCGGAGGUGAGCAAAACUCCAACGGCGGCGGAGAUUGAGGGUUUUUUCUCGGAGCUAGAGAAUGAAGCAGAGGAUAAGAAGAAGCGAUUCAUAGAAAAGUACAACUUCGAUAUUGUCAAUGACGAACCGCUUCAAGGUCGCUACAAGUGGGAUCGACUACUUUAAACCCAUGAUUAUGAUUAACAUCAUCUAAAGAAAGAAAGCAGAAGAAGCUCAAGCUGGACAAAACAAAACAAAACAAAAAUUAAAAAAUAGGUCUUUUUUUAUUGUUUCUUCGUUUACAUAAUUCCACUUUGUGUACAGGGCAGCUCUAUCUUUUAAAUCUUAUGUUAAUUAGUAGUUCGUACCAAAAAAAAA